GAAAAUGACGAGCUUGUACGUUUUUUUUUGUUUUUUGUUUUUUUAUUCUCUACUAUAGCGUGGAGUUAGUUAAGUGGCGCUUCAUUGAAAAUCGAUUGAUCUUAAACUCGGAACUGUUUGUAUUUUAUCCAUGACGUUUGUUAAUGGAGACCCCCACUGAGGAUUCCUCCCCUCGCACCCUCUCUAAUGCGAUGUUUGUGGACGUCCCUCCGUCUUACCCGCCGUCCCGGGAUAUCACCUGCCGCUACACCAUCACCUCUGAGUUCCAACCCACGACUCGGGACUGGAUCGGGAUAUUCAAGGUAGGAUGGAGCCACAAGAGUGACUAUUGUACCUUUGUUUGGGCGGACAUGAACAUGGAGAGGUCAGAUGGGUCCGCCAGCAGGAAGGCCGUUUUUAAGGAAUACCACCUGCCCAAAGAUGAAGAGAACGCCUACCAGUUCUGUUACAUGGACAGCGCGGGCCAAGUGCAAGGAGUCAGCAGGCCGUUCUCCUUCGCAACCCUAGACCAGUCCAUCCCUGAUAGCAGCAUUGAAGAUGAUGUGUUGGUUGUUUACACAAAGGAACAAAUCAACCAGGCCCUUCAGGAGAGAGAUGAACUGAAGGCUCAGAGAAAUGAGGCCAGAGCUGAGAUUGAAACCCUGAGCUGUUCACUGAGAAGACAAGAGGAGGAAAUCACCAUUCUGAAGGAGCAACUCAGUCAGAAGGACGCGAAGAUAAUUGACAUUGGGAACAAACUUCAUCUGCUGGAGGAAGAGAACAAGCAACUGAAGCAUACAUCAGAGUUGGAGGCAGAAUUUCAGCAUUUAAAGCUAAAACUGGAGGAAGUUCAGGAAGUCAUUGCAGUUAAGGACCAAUUGAUAGCGGACAAAGAUGACAUGAUCCUGUUCCUCCAGCGGCAGAAUAACACAAGGAGCCACAAGGAGGGGUUGCACGGAGCACGCGAUGACUUUCACGCCAGCCCCACGAUUCCAUCUGAGCUGCAGGAAACCACGAGCGAUGCAGCCUCCUACAAUAAAGAUCUGCCACUGCAGGAGACGCAGAGGGAACAUGAUCGUGAUGUUACUGAGAUCACUCAAGAGUCAGAUGAGGAGGAGGUUCUGGAGUGUCGCUACUGCAAGGAGCGAUUCCCUGGGAUCACCCAACAGCAAAUGGACCAGCACGAGCUCAGCCACAAAGUUUGUCCAUUCUGCUGGCAUCUGUGUGACCACAUGGAUCAGAUCACCUUCGAAGACCAUGUCUACAGUCACAAUUAACUCUCAUGAUGCACAUGGUGUACAGUCAGAUUAAUUUACUUCAGGCUUUUAUUUCAAAUAUAUCUGAGAAAAAAAUAUUUUUGCAAGAUGUUACGAUCUUACUGGAAGUCCCAGCAGGAACCUCUGCAGGCAGCCGGCUGGAAUGGGAGAAAUUGAAUGGGUACUGCUGUACCUUUCUCCGCGUUCACUAGUAUUCUUAAGUAAUGUUACAAAUGUGUGAUGCUUUGUGAAAAUCUUCUGUAUAAUACAUGCUUUUAAGAGUAAUUAACAGUCAUCUUUUAUCAAUGAACAGAGAAAAAAAAUUGUGAAUAUGGGAAAAAAAGUGAUCAUAAAAAAUACUGGAAUGCAGGACAGUAUGUGUAGAUUAAAUAAAAAGGAAUAAAUGCAUGAUGGUGGCGCUGUGGAGAGGGAUGCUCCCUAUUAAGUAAACCUCUACCGUAUGGAGUUUGUAUGUGUGCGUGUGUGUUAUGGGUCUAUAUGUGACCUGUGAUGGACUUGUGACCUCCUGUUGCCCUGCCAUUCUCUUGUCUUACGGAGCGCUUUCCCACCCUGAGACAAAAUAAAUGUAUAACAUUCAAAU